AUGGUAUCAACAGACUCCCCUGAACCCAAAGAACCAAGAGGGAACACAAAUCCACCUCCAACAAGGCGAACGCCAUCUCUAAGGACAGCUAUAUCAAAUGCGGUAGAUACGCCUCCCAAAAUAUUGACAAAUACCAGGCCCCAAAUGUCAUCCAUUCAGCAACCAGUUUCCCAAGAUCAACAUUCCAAUGUUCCUACACGAAAUGCAAGCGUGUCUUUUAAUCAAACUGAAUCACAAGAGCGUUUGCGUAGAUUUACCAUCUCGUCACAGCCAUCUUCUACAAAUGUAGCUUUACAGGAGAACAAUUUUGAACCAUCAUCAUCAAACACGCCUUCUAGACAAACGUCAUUAAAGAAAAAGAAUAACGACGCACUUUCUUUCAACGUGAAACCGGCAGUCCCGGCGCGCGAGCUUACUCCAAAACUCGACGAAAGUGUUCCAGCUCGGUUGAAUACUCCAAGCCCCACACACGUGGAAAACUAUGCCAAUGCAUCAACCUUAUCGCCAAAUUCAAACACAGCAGUUCCAAUAAAAAUUACAGGCACCGGAAGUAAUAGCUCGUCUCGGAGAAAUUCUCUUAAAAAAGCCGGAAAGACAAUAGUGGCUUCUCCAGUCGGUCCUCCUGUACCAUUUCAGGAGUAUCUUUCCAAGGAGGAUGACGGAAAGUUCCAUAUCUUGUUGGCAUGCACUGGGUCCGUUGCUACAAUCAAGAUACCAUUAAUCAUUGACAAAUUGUUUCAGCUAUUUGGCACAUCUAAGAUUUCGAUCCAGUUGAUUGUGACAAAAGCUGCUAGUCAUUUCUUGAAAGGUUCAAAAAUUAACGCUGAUGUUAAAAUAUGGAGAGACGAGGAUGAAUGGGCAAACUAUAAUGAAGCUACAACAAUUAGUUCAACUCAGAAUCAAUCUACAAAGCCCAAGACUCCGUUUGACAAGUUGAUUCUUCAUAAUGAAUUACGGAAAUGGGCAGAUAUUAUGUUGGUUGCACCGUUGUCGGCAAACACAUUGGCAAAAAUCUCCAAUGGUAUUGCUGAUAACUUGCUAACGUCAAUCAUCAGGUCUUGGGCACCGUCAACAUCACAACAAGUUAAAAAGCCCAUUAUUGUCGCUCCUGCGAUGAAUACGUUCAUGUACACCCAUCCAAUGACGGCAAAACAAAUAGCGACCAUCACUUCUCCGGAAUUUGGUAUUGAAGUGCUAAAGCCAGUUGAAAAAGUGUUGGUUUGUGGUGACAUUGGAAUGGGAGGAAUGAGAGAUUGGGUGGAUGUGGUGGAUAUAUUGAGAAGGAGAAUAUUGACAAUUGAGGCUGAAAAUAAGGAAAUCAGCGACAGGAGUGUCGCUAUUGAGGAGGAGGAGGAGGGAGAAGAAGAAGAAGAAGAAGGAGAUGAUGAAGAUGAAGAUGAAGAUGAAGAAGAGGACGACAAUGAUGACGAUGACGAUGACGAUGAUGAUGAUGACGAGGACGACCAUAACGAGAGUGAGGCCCAUAUAGUCACAUCCUCGUCUCGAGUCCAGCCAGAACACGACGAGUUAGAGCUAAGUCAUGACGAGGAGGGCAAUGAGGAGAUGAUAUUUGAAAUCACAGAUCAAGACCUUAGUGACAAUGAGUCCGACCCUGACUCCAAUUUGUCUCCUACUUCGUCGCAUCGUCAUCAAAAAAUCACUAUUCCUAAGGAAACACAAAAUAUUAUUUAA